GUCUUUGUUUUUGGUCUUCUUAAGUGAUACCUAGGAUCUUUCUGUAGCAUCUCAAUUUCAUUGCUGGGAUCCUCCUCUCUAGUUCCGCUUUCUUAUUUUGCAAAAUACAGACGUUACUUCAAAAGAGGAGCAAGGUGAAGGUCAGUAGAGAUGGCUAUCAGAAUAACAAACCUGCUUUUGAUGUUUGCUGCUCUACUCAAGUCUGUCUUGAAUGAAACACCCCUUGACAAGUGUUGCAUAGUGGACAUGUCUCACACCCUGGACACCGACUCCAUUAGAUUCCCAACUGACCCUGAGUUCAUUUUCACCAUCCUGACUCGAGGGAUCGAGCCCGAAGGCUUUUGGCUAGAGUUGAAUAAGUUUGAGACACCAGAACAUAUCGGCACACACAUGGACGCUCCGUCUCAUUUUGCUAGAGACCGGUGGCGAGUCCAUGAGAUUCCAGCACAACGUCUGGUAGGUGCAGGAGUUGUCGUUGACGUCAGGAACAAAGUGAAGAGGAAUCCAGACUACAGACUCAGCGUUUCAGAUCUAAGAAAAUGGGAAAUGUUGUAUGGGCGUAUACCCGAUGGCGCCAUCGUCUUCAUGUGGUCUGGGUGGGAUGUUAGGUACCCGAACAAAACAUCCACGUUCAAUUCGAACACUCCAGAAGAUAUCAGAACGUGGCAUUUUCCAGGGUUUCAUCCCUCGGCGAUGUCUUGGCUUGUACAGAAUCGAAACAUCAGUAUGAUCGGAGUCGACACGCCCUCUGUAGACUACGCCCAGACGUCUGUUUACGACGUUCAUCAGAUCAUGUGCAACGCCAGCAUCAUGGGUCUGGAGAAUGUCAACAAUCUCGCCAAAAUUCCGCCAUCCAGAUCUCUCAUUGUGGCACUUCCGGUUAAACUUCGAGACGGUAGCGGUGGUCCCGUGAGAAUCAUUUCUAUUUUCUGUGAUACAGACAAGUCCAAAUAUUGCUGAAAGGGAAAAAAAAAUGAAAACAGAAAAAAAAAAUGAGCAGACUAGAAUAUCUAAAAAAAAA